AUGCUGCCAAUCUUCACAAGCACCUGGCGGAACACAGCAAGAAUAAAUGUGACGACCUUUAUUCGUCGCAAUAGUAACUGCACGCAGGGCAAAGUAAACUUCAAGAUAGGAAACGCGUUCAUGCUAAGACAAAAGCCAUGGCCCGGACAUACUGACGUAUCAGCAAAACUGCCGCGACCCUUGCUUCAGGAUCACUUUAACCGUGUAGACUCGCGUUUGUUUAAAGCCUCUUAUAACAACCCACUAGUAUCAAGAUCACUACCAAGACAUUCUAUUGUAUUUCAUCACAAAAUCAUUCCAUCACGAUCGUACUCGACAAACCCUCGCGCGCCUAUUCCACGAGAUGGAUUGAAGAUAAUGGCUACUAUCGGCGGUGUGGUUCUUACAGCCAUAUUGUUUCCCACAUUUGUUUUUAUUGCGAUGACCAGUGUCCUUGCGUUCGGUGCCUACAGAUUUCUAAGGAGGAUCUUCGACAUUUAUUCACCUAGCGGACGUUUAUCUAAUAGCUCGAUAGUUUAUCCUCCCGAUACGCCGCUAUCCCGGAUGUUCAAAGAGGUGUUUCGCGAUGAUUUUACUCAACCUUUCUCCCGUACGCAACCUGCAGUUGACCAACUUUACUCUGAAGCAGUUUCCAAGAUUCGGAAAGCGUGUGAGAUUAGCUUGACGGAUCUGAAAUACGACCUAGGUUAUUCAGGUCAAUUCUCUCCUGCUUUUACAGAACCUUAUUCAACAUCCUCUUCGAGCGUGACUACCUCUGGAUCCUAUGAGAAUUAUCAGAAAAGGGAGAUUGCGAUUGAAUUCAUGGUCAUAGGUGCAAAUAAUGAGCAGGGAAUUGUCAGAGCAGUAGGGGAGGAGGUGAAUGGGACUAUUGCGGUGAAGAAAGUUACUGUUACUGUGAUACCAUCAAGACGCAAAUAUGAUAUACCUCUCAAUGUUGAAGAAGAGGAACGUGGCGACAUAUUUGAAGCCGAAUACAGAGAUGUGAAAUAA